AUGGGCUGCUCACAGAGUUCAGAGUCGAAGGAGGGGAAGGCGAGGAACGAGGAGAUUGAGAACCAGCUGAAGAGGGAUAGGAUGAACCUCAGAAAUGAGAUCAAGAUGCUUCUGCUCGGUGCUGGAGAGUCUGGCAAGUCGACCAUUCUCAAGCAGAUGAAGCUCAUCCACGAGGGCGGCUACUCAAGAGAUGAGCGGGAGAGCUUCAGAGAGAUCAUCUUCUCGAACACCGUCCAGUCGAUGCGCGUCAUUCUUGAGGCAAUGGAGAGCCUCGAGCUGCCUCUCGACGACCAAAGAGCAGAGUACCACGUCCAGACCAUCUUCAUGCAGCCCGCGCAGAUCGAAGGCGACGUGCUACCUCCCGAAGUCGGACAAGCGAUCAAGACGCUGUGGUCAGACGUUGGGGUACAAGCCGCCUUCCAGCGAAGCCGAGAAUACCAGCUCAACGACAGCGCAAAAUACUACUUCGACUCCAUCGACACCAUCGCCUCACCCACAUAUAUCCCCUCGGAUCAAGACGUGCUACGAUCGCGUGUCAAGACCACUGGCAUUACGGAAACGACGUUCAUUAUUGGUGACCUCACAUAUCGUAUGUUCGACGUGGGUGGGCAGCGAUCGGAGCGGAAGAAGUGGAUCCACUGCUUCGAAAACGUGACUACCAUUCUCUUCCUCGUUGCGAUUUCCGAAUACGACCAACUGCUGUUCGAGGACGAGACGGUGAACCGGAUGCAGGAGGCGCUCACGCUGUUCGAUUCGAUAUGCAACAGCCGCUGGUUCACGAAGACGAGCAUCAUCCUGUUCCUCAACAAGAUUGAUCGGUUCAAGGAGAAGCUACCGGUGAGCCCGAUGAAGAACUACUUCCCGGAUUACGAGGGUGGGCAGGAUUAUGGCGCGGCGUGUGAUUAUAUCCUUAACCGAUUCGUGUCCCUCAACCAACACCCUACGAAGCAGAUCUACACCCACUUCACCUGCGCGACCGACACGAUGCAGAUCCGAUUCGUCAUGGCCGCCGUCAACGACAUCAUCAUCCAGGACAACCUGCGGCAAUGCGGCCUGAUAUGA